CGUAAAAACGCACAAGCGCGCCCUUUGAAUUAUAAUGACUCCAGGAUGACGAAAGAAAGUGAUGGCUGUCUCCCUGAUGUUGAACAUGAGGACGUCGUCUCACAAAGCAUUCGAAAUGACUUUCAAGGAUUAAUGCAUGAAAGGGCCGCAGAUUCAGCAACCCAGAAACAAGCGAAGAGUAAUGUGCAUUUCAAAAUAUUGGUACCUUCUAUCGCUGCUGGAGCAAUCAUCGGGAAGGGAGGUGAAGCAAUCACUGACAUCCAGAACAAGACCUCAGCAAAGGUCAAGAUGUCCAAGGCGAAUGACUUUUAUCCUGGUACGUGUAAUUCGCUGUCCAGAAUUUUGUCUUAUGUUUAUUCAGGUACAACAGAGCGUGUAUGUCUGAUCGUCGGAACCAUCGACAGCAUACUGCGUGUGUUCCAGUACAUUUCUGAAAAGAUAUAUGAAAAACCGGAGUCCAUCUUACGGAGCACAAACAAAGGGGGGCGUAUGCCUGCUGAGCGACAUAAACAGGUCAAAAUUUUGGUGCCCAACAGCACGGCUGGAAUCAUCAUUGGCAAGGGCGGAAGCUUUAUUAAAGAAGUCAAAGAGAGUACCGGAGUGUUCAUUCAGGUCUCGCAGAAAUCGAAGGAACUCAAUCUCGCCGAACGCUGUGUGACCGUCGCAGGCGAACUUCCACAGACGUUCGAGGCAGUCAAGCAGUUGUUAUUCAAAAUAGCUGAUGAUCCACAGUCGUCCAGCUGUCCCAAUAUAUCGUACGCAGAAGUACCCAGACCCGUCGCCAGUGCGUACCCAACGGGGUCACCAUACGCUCUGGUCUUGGGCUCCAGUUUUGGCAUUAACAACUGUUCCCUACCCAGCGCCGGAUCAGAUCAACUAAUGGCCGGUGGCCAGACAAAUCCUGGGUCAACCACUACCGGUUUCCCGCCUGGAAAACUGGGCUCUUUUUCAUCAGUCAGUCCUACGGGAUCAACCCCAACACCGGCACCAGUAUUCGGUAGCAGUCCACCCUCGGCUUUUGCUGCAGCCAUGGCAGCCAUGAGUGCUGCUUCACCGUUCUCUCCCGGAAACACGGGUGGUCGUGCCACCUCUAUUCUCAGCUCUCACACAACGAGUCGUGCCUUGACUGGUCGAGGAGGUGCGACCGGGCACCAUUCGAAUUCUCAUUCACAACCCGUUCACCCCGCAUCACAGAGUUUGUUAGGGUCAGUCACUACUCAUCUAGGGCCCGGGGGUUCUCCGGCUUACGGUUCCCCAGCAUCUGUAAAUUCUGGUUCAUCGUCUGGCUCCACAAUCGGCCUGGAAGUCGUUCGCAAUAUUCUUCGCUCCGCUGGAUACUCGGAUGUUGCAACCGAGGAAAUUGCAAAUGCUAUGCAUGUCUUGAAUCUUUAUGGGUUCAUUUCCAUGUCCAGUCUUACAGGAUGUGCUGCGGGUGCUUCUCCACUGUCAAACGCCGUGAAUAAUGGGCAUUUCACAAUGGGAACUAGUCCACUGAGCAACUUGGGUGGUUCCCUCUCUGGUUAUGUUUCGGGUGGUCCACAAUCACCUGGUUUCUCGACUGAAGUUGGCAGUCAUUUACGUGGCGUGCGCAAUAUGGGCUCUGGCAGUGCACCCAGUCAGACGUAUCAUCAAUCGACAAAUGCCUAUCAACAUCACUACUCCUCCCGGUGUUCAUCUACAACUACUGUCCAACUCGCGCACCCGCAGGCCAAUGCAUGUAGUCCCGUUUGUUCGUCGUCGCUCUCCACUUCUCUCGCCAAGGAUACAAAAUCAUUAGACCCACUGAUCGGUCUGCCACCGGUCACUUGUGAAAACUCAUCCACUGUACAGACUUCCGAUUGCGGCGUCGAUUUGUACACCUCGCUUCCAUCCGGUGAACCCGGUCGAAUCUCAAGCCCCACUCGAUCACCCAUCCUCAAUGCGCGUUCGCUAUCCCCGAAUCUGGUCCCCUCGAUUCCAACUGAAACGCCAUCAACGACCGAGUCACUCAUUGGACAUGAAUAUUUGCAUCGAAUAAACGACAAUGCUCUGUCAUUGAAGUUGAAACACGAAGGAAACAGCACUACAGCGAAUGGUGGCAACUGCAGUUCCACAACAAACGGAGGCCAUAUGUGGAGUUUGAGUCGCCAACCUAUGUCAUCCUCCAAGUCUUCGCCGUCAUCGACUUGAGGUUCAACCGCAAGUUGGGGCUAGUCUCAAAACAAACCCAUGGAUUGUCAGCUUCACUUCAUCCUCCCUACUACACUACAAACCCACACUAGGUGUUAUAAUUCCUCUCAGUCCAACUCUUCAUUACGCACUCUCAGUUCAACUACUUUGUCUGCAUCAGCCUCUUUCUUUGGACGACAUUAUGACUGAAUGAGUUUUCUGUUUGUCACUCAAGACUACCUAUUUUCGCUAGCAAGCAAUCACAACCAACUUGUGUGGCUCAGCGACAUCUGAUUCCCCACUCGCUCAUUUGCUCGCCCCUUAGUCGGACUCAUCUAACCCUCACACACACACACAGCAUGCCGAAAUCGUCCGUUUCUUUCUCAGCCUAGUUCGCCUUUCGCGCUCAUCACAGUCAAUCACAUUUAUGCUUCGUGGGUCACUCAUCGACAAGCGUAAUCUCUAUUCCUCUGCUCUCUGCACACCUAGUUUGAACUUGCCUGUCCCUUCAUGUGUGAUCACAUCCUUUGCUCUUUCAUCUCACCCAUUAUUCUUUCACCGAAACACCAACUGCCCAACUCAUGUGUGUCUUUCGCUUCCAAUUUUGGUUAUUUUCAUCGAUUUCACAGCUUCUGUUUUUGCUGCUUUGUUUUGCUGUUUUUAUGAAAAGGCGCACUACUAGCCGCCUUGUGCAACCGUUGUGUCGCAGCUCUGUCCACAGUCCAGAUGUUCUAUUUUGCCCAGCCCCAUAGUGCGCCUUAAGCUCGUGCAAAUACUUCCCCCGGGUUAGUUUUGUACCGGGAUACAUCCCAUCCUUGCAUCGUCAUCAUCAGACUAUGUCUAGUUAUUCCAAAACAUGUGCAACGUGGUAGAAAACAAUAUUGUCCAUUAUUUUGCAUGUUUCGAGACUCGAAAGUGCAACAGCCUUUGACGACCGGUCCCACUCCCUACCUACCUAGUUCAACCUACCUGUGAUACCCCUAUGGGCCGGUUCCGGAUAGUUGCUUUUCUCGUCCCACUUUGCUUCCAACCAUGAUCAUUUCCGCCUUGUUUUAUCUGCUAAGCACCAAUCAUUUGUUUUUUUUCGAUCGACUCAUUCUCCCACACACACACACACAAAUUCGACCUUCUACCUUUAAUCGCUGACUUACCCCACAUGACUUUGCCCUGUUUCCGUCGGUCUCAUUUCGUGCGUGUGUGAUACGUCUGCAUCCUUCAUUCUCACUGUUUGUGCGCAUAUUUUGGCCGUAUCUUCACUACUUGAGGUUCCACUCGUCGUUUGCCUCCAACCCCUUCCCGACUUUCCAUGUAUCCUCGUUCCCGAUUUUCCGUUCUGAAAUGCCCCAUAAUCAUGUUUACUCAGUGCGUCACCUAAGCUACCGUUCAUCUGUGUUCAUCUCUCACAAUUCACGCGAGAUGUUCUACCCAGUAGUCUUUCUCUCAAGUGUUGCUGUGCAUUGCACCCAUCCUUUAUUACCCUUCGCAUACUAUCACUCACACUGUAUCGUCCCGCUUCCAUACUAUCCCGAUCUCCACAGCUAUUUGGUCAUCCUAUUUUUAGAUCCACCGCAUCCUGCAUUACCCAUUGUUUCUCACUUUCUUUUGCGUCACUAGUUGCUUUCGUAUCGCGUGCGCAUCAUGAAUAUGGCAUCCUUUGGU